CAGUAUCGCCGGACUACACACUACCGACGUAUAUAUUACGGAACGCUUGGCUCGCCAUAUGAUAGCAAUAUGGAUCUCCUCGCUUCGUUAAGUGGGUUACUUAACACGAACACUCUUGCUUUGCUAGCAAGUCUUCUAGUGAUUAUUGUAAUUCGCUAUCUGGUGGUGAGACCACGAAACCUGCCACCCGGGCCAUGUGGCAUACCGAUAUUUGGCUACCUCCUAUCCUUAUUUAGGACCGGUUAUCCAUGGGAUAUCAUUUUCAAGAAAAGAGAGAAAUAUGGCGACAUUUGGAGCAUGUAUCUUGGAUCACAACUGGUUGUUGUGCUGCAUAACUGGAAGUUGGUAAAAGAAGCGCUGGUAGACCAAGGAGAUCAUACGUCCUACAGAGCUAUUAUGCAUGGCUUAAAUGUUGCAACCGACGGAGGCCGGGGUAUAGUUCACUCUAACGGCCGACAAUGGAAGGAACAUCGGAGAUUCUUGCUGAAAUCACUGAGGGGAUUUGGUGUUGGAACAAAGUCUAUCGAAGAGAGAAUUAUGGAAGAAGUAGAUUAUCUAACAACGCAGAUGGCGAAGCAACAAGGCAAGCCCUUCAGCAUUUCCAACUACUUGCACUUGGUGUCUACGAAUAUUAUUCUUCACGUAGUUUUUGGAAAACGAUUUGACCUGGAUAACAAGGAAUUGAAUGUACUUCUUCGAGCGUUACAUGGUAUGUUUCAUGACCUAGAAGGUUUUGUGAACCCACUGAUUUACGUACCAUGGUUAAGACAUUUACCAUUUAUUCGGACGAAAUAUACCGAAAUGGUUAACCAUAUGACGACUGUUGUAAACUGGAGUAAGAAGCAAAUAGCUGAACAUCGUUCCACAUAUGAUCCAAAAUGCAUGCGGGAUGUCGUCGAUGACUAUAUCAGAGAACAAAAGGAACAGUUCAAGUUGCUUGGAGAAGAAAGUACAUUUACUGAGAGCCAGUUCGCAAAAACCCUGACUGAUCUUAUUGUUGCUGGCAUCGAGACCUUCAGCACCACCUUUGACUGGUUCGCAUUCUACAUGGCUAUGUGUCCCGAUGUUCAGAGCAAGGUGCGUGCAGAGAUUGAUGAGGUAAUCGGGACAAGUAGGCUGCCAACUUACGAAGAUCGUCUGAAGAUGCCCUACACAGAGGCUACAUGUAUGGAGCUGCAGAGGAUUGGGAAUAUUGCCAUGUCCCUGUUCCUCCGAACGGUCACCAAAGAUAUUGAACUUGAAGGAUACAACAUUCCGGCAGGGUCGGCUCUGAUAGUCAAUCUGUACACUAUGCAGAUUGAUGAAGGAUAUUGGAAGAACCCCGAUGAGCUUAAUCCGGACAGAUUUAUUGAUGGUAGCGGUAAGGUCAUCGUGAAACCAGACUCGUUUAUGCCAUUUUCGUUGGGUCGCAGAAACUGCAUCGGCGAAUCACUAGGUAAAAUGGAACUAUUCUUGUUUCUAACGUCCAUCCUACAAAAAUUCGAACUUACGUUUCCGAAAGGUGCCCCGCUACCAACCACGGAGCACAUAUGUCGCGGUAUUACUAUGGCUCCGAAACCUUAUGAGAUAUGCGCAACACAGAGAUAGUUUCAUAACCAAUCCAUAUAUGCAAAUAUGUGUUAGAAUUACGACUACUGCGUUGUUCAAUAUUAUAUGUUGAAUUUGCAGAUUAGCAAGAAACUGAUUUGUUAUAAUAUUGAUCGAGGGCGGAAUCAAGUGUUUCUCGAAUUAAAACAGUUAUAUGUGUUAGAAAUACGACUAUUGAGUUGUUCAAUAAUAUAUGCUGAAUUCGCAAGUUAGCAAGUUAUAUUACUGAUUGGAUAUAAUAUUGAUCGAGGGCGGAAUCAAGUGUUUUUUGAAUUAAAACAUUAAUAUUUGGCUUUCAUCGGGUUUAAUGAAAAAAUAGUGAGCGCAUAAUAAUUAAUUGUUAAGCAGUAAUCAGAUUAAUUGUUAGGAUUCUUGUGCCUCACGUUAUUUGUUGACUU